AUGGCGGAGCUCUUCCCUGUGCUCAUGGCUUACCUCGGCCGCUGCUACGAGUGGGUGGUUCCUGAGCCGCGGGUCUUCGGCUACAAGCACGCCAACGGGUCCUGGGCCGGCAUCAUCGGUCUUGUCGCACGCGGGGAAGCCGACCUCUCCGUCCCGCUCAGCAUCACCACGGAGCGACUCGCGGCCGUCGACUUCACGGAGCCUGUCUUCAUCGACGAGUUCGCCAUCGCCUACAAGCUGCCGAGCCUCAAGUCCGACAUCAGGGGCUUCAUCAAGCCCUUUUCGCCCGUCUUGUGGCUCAUGUUGUUUUUAUCUGUCAUGUUCGUCUGUGUCUCGACCUGGUUGCUUCUGCGCUCAUACGCUGUCAUGUGUUUCGACAGAAUAUGGAUCCUCCAUAUAACUUCCUUUGAAAGACUAAAGGUAGAAAACGACAUGAUUCAAGGGGAAACAACGGUAAAGAGCGAGCAGCCGAGAGGUCCCUGCUGUGGACACUGUCCCCUGGGAGCCCACAGGGUACGCCCCAAGGAUCCUGGGCGGCCUGUGGCUCCUGGUGGCUUCAUCCUGGGCGUGGUGUACCGGGGCAACCUCAAGGCCAUGCUCAUCCUGCCGACCCUGGAGCUGCCCUUCAACAACCUGCAGGAGCUGGCCGACUCCGACGAGGUCAUCUGGUCUCCCAGGAAGCCACGUGGCCCAUCAGUUGCUCAUGACCUCUCCUACGGCGCCCUGGCCAGAAGACCUUCGUUGACCUGGACAUACGGAGGACUUCGGAGGAUGUUCGAGGAGAAUAUCGCGGUCCUCGCUCCUCUUCCGGGCUUCGUCCUCUAG